AUGGAGCCCUCCCGGGUCCCGAGGGGCCCCGGGCCCAGGCUCGUCUUUCUCCUGGCCACCCUGGCGCUCACCUUCGCAGCGACGGGACUCCUCUGCGGGGCGAUCAUGUCCGACCACUGGGAGGAAGUCGGCUGGGACAGGGAGGCCCUCGCCAGGGCAAACGUCAGCACCACGUGGUACCUGGACGGGAGGGUCGCGAUGCUGGGACCAGGCUUCCAAGCUCGGGGGAACUGGCAUCCCCGUCGGAAGCCGGUCUUCCUGAUCCCCAUGCACGGCGGCAUCUGGACCAUGUGCGUCUCUUUGCCAGAGGAGGAGAUCCGCCUCCUGGGUCAAUUGGGCUUCCCUCAGGAGAGAUGCAUCAAUUACUUAAGCCCCGACGAGGCUCACGAAGAAAUGCGAGCUGCCUGGCAGAAUCGGAUGCAGAAUCUCAGCAUUUCCUGUUCGUUGGUGUGCCUGAUAAUUCUGGGAUGUGCGGUGCUCGUGGGUUUCUUUGGCCUCUGCAGGCACCAAAUCUCCGCAGUCCUCGUCACCGGAGUGAUGUAUCUCUUAGCAGCAACGUUUGCUUUGUUCACUUUGACGAUAAUCCAUUUCAAGAGGGCUCAAGACCGAGGAGCUAGAAUCGUCGAUGGGCCAGAGGAUGGUGUCAUAGGCGGUCCCGUUCCAAGAGUGGUUCUCAAAGCAAGGAGAUUCUCUACCAGCUGGAGCAUGGACUUUGGAUGGGGUGGAGUUACCCUCUGUGCCCUGGCCUCGGUGGCUUGGAUUCUUCUCAGCAAGAUCAUGCGGUUCAGUCCGAUUUCAACUAUGAUCGCGUAGCCUUCUUGGUAGUAAACUCCCAAAGCCAUGAAUUGCAAAUGAAAUUUCAAUUCUGGGUCCUUUCGGCUCAUCUGGGAGUUUCACACAUUUCCCCAGGAUGGAUAGACGUGUUUGCAUGGAAAUACCUUAAUCGGAGACUCAUCGAUGG